CCCGCUCGGCUGCAGGGGAGGGCUGCGCGGGCGGCGACGGUGUCGGCGCCUGCGAGAGGGCGGGCUGGGCUGAGCUGCUGUGGGCGGCCGCGGUGUUCGCUGCCGCCCUCCUUCCACCACGAUGCCGGGAAUCGACAAGCUGCCCAUCGAGGAGACGCUGGAGGACAGCCCGCAGACAAGAUCUUUACUGGGUGUAUUUGAAGAAGAUGCUACAGCUAUUUCCAACUAUAUGAACCAGUUGUAUCAAGCUAUGCAUCGGAUUUAUGAUGCACAGAAUGAAUUAAGUGCAGCAACACACCUGACUUCAAAACUUUUAAAAGAAUAUGAAAAACAGCGUUUUCCUUUGGGUGGUGAUGAUGAAGUUAUGAGCUCUACUUUGCAACAAUUUUCAAAAGUUAUAGAUGAGCUUAGCUCUUGUCAUGCGGUACUUUCAACACAACUUGCUGAUGCCAUGAUGUUCCCCAUUACCCAGUUUAAAGAAAGAGAUCUGAAAGAAAUACUGACAUUAAAGGAAGUGUUUCAGAUUGCUAGUAACGAUCAUGACGCUGCAAUUAACAGAUAUAGCCGAUUGUCCAAAAAAAGAGAAAAUGACAAGGUGAAGUAUGAAGUAACAGAGGACGUCUACACUUCAAGAAAAAAGCAACACCAGACCAUGAUGCAUUAUUUUUGUGCAUUAAAUACUCUUCAGUACAAAAAGAAAAUAGCAUUAUUAGAACCUCUACUUGGAUACAUGCAAGCUCAGAUAAAUUUCUUUAAGAUGGGUUCUGAAAAUCUCAGUGAACAACUGGAAGAAUUCUUAACUAAUAUUGGGACAAGUGUACAGAAUGUUCGCAGGGAAAUGGACAGUGAUGUGGAGACCAUGCAGCAGACAAUAGAGGACUUGGAAAUAGCCAGUGACCCUUUGUAUCUGCCUGACCCAGAUCCCAUGAAAUUUCCUGUUAAUCGAAACUUAACCCGAAAGGCCGGAUACCUAAAUGCUAGGAAUAAAACAGGCUUGGUGUCAUCUACCUGGGACAGACAGUUUUACUUCACGCAGGGCGGAAACUUAAUGAGUCAGGCCCGUGGAGACGUAGCAGGAGGCCUGGCCAUGGACAUAGACAACUGUUCAGUAAUGGCUGUGGACUGUGAAGACAGGCGAUACUGUUUUCAGAUCACCUCUUUUGAUGGAAAAAAAUCUUCAAUAUUGCAAGCAGAGAGUAAAAAGGACCAUGAAGAGUGGAUCUGUACAAUAAAUAACAUAUCUAAACAAAUAUAUUUAAGUGAAAACCCAGAGGAAAUUGCUGCACGAGUAAAUCAAUCAGCUUUGGAAGCUGUCACUCCUUCCCCAUCUUUCCAGCAGAGGCAUGAGAGCCUGCGGCCAACAGGACAAUCUCGGCCACCGACAGCUAGAACUAGCAGCUCGGGAUCCUUAGGAUCUGAGUCCACAAAUCUGGCUGCCUUGUCUCUAGAUUCCCUUGUUGCCCCAGACACCCCAAUACAGUUUGACAUCAUUUCUCCCGUGUGUGAAGAUCAGCCUGGCCAGGCAAAAGCCUCUGGUCAGGGAGGCAGGCGUACAAAUCCAUUUGGAGAAUCUGGAGGAGGCACAAAAUCUGAAACUGAAGAUUCUAUUCUUCAUCAGUUAUUUAUUGUCAGAUUCCUUGGUUCUAUGGAAGUGAAAUCAGAUGACAAUCCAGAUGUUGUUUAUGAAACAAUGCGCCAAAUCUUAGCUGCCCGGGCCAUCCAUAACAUUUUCCGUAUGACAGAAUCACAUUUAUUAGUCACUUGUGAUUGUUUAAAGUUAAUUGAUCCACAAACACAAGUUACCAGGCUCACGUUUCCAUUACCCAGUGUAGUUUUGUAUGCUACACACCAGGAAAAUAAGAGGCUUUUUGGAUUUGUUCUUCGGAUGUCAGGAGGGAGAAGUGAAAGUACUCUGUCAUCAGUCUGCUAUAUAUUUGAAUCAAACAACGAGGGGGAAAAGAUUUGUGAUUCUGUUGGGCUGGCAAAACAGAUAGCUUUGCAUGCAGAACUGGAUCGUAGGGCAUCAGAAAAACAAAAAGAAAUAGAGAGAGUAAAAGAGAAGCAACAGAAAGAACUCAGUAAACAAAAACAAAUUGAAAAGGACUUAGAAGAACAAAGCAGAUUGAUAGCUGCUUCCAGUAGACCAAACCAGGCCAGCAGUGAGGGGCAGUUUGUUGUCCUUAGCAGCAGCCAGUCCGAAGAGAGUGACCUGGGAGAAGAAGGAAGGAAGAGGGAGUCAGAAGCAUAACUUACUUUGGCUUUUUGGUUGAUAUUUUCCCCCUUGGAAUUUAUUGACAUAUACUGUAGUGAAAUGGCAUAAGGUAACAACUGUGUUGAGAUAUCAAGGAGGAGACUGAAGUUUGUAUUGCUUAACUUCAUUUUUUAAAGAAAGAUUGAACUUGAUGACUUAGACUUGCAUUGAAUUUUAUUCCUUAAAAGCGGUAUACUACGCAGUAACAUCAAAUUCUACAUGUCCAAAAGAAACCUGUUAAUCUCCCUGAGGUGGACUGCUGGAGAAUUAUACUUGCUGAAGGCUUUUUUCCUCCAGAUUGUGAACUUGUUAUCCUGCAUUAUAACUGGCUGUGACCAUAGAAAAUCCUUUAUUCUUCAGCUUCAGAUAUUCAGCCUAUGACUGCCUUUCUUUCAUUAGGAACAUUUUGCCCACAGUGAGGAAGCAUUUGAGAGAAUCAGUUCAAAGCCCUUUAUAUAGGGACUUCUACAAGUCUGCAAAUGUUUUAACAUUAUUAAAUGUGCAAUAGACUUUUAUUAAAUAAUGAGAACAGAUUUUAGACGUAAGGUUUCCAGUGAUGGGGGGUGGCACUGAUUUCAGGGGACUCUUGGCGUGCUCGCGCUUCUCUGUGUACUGUCCCUGAUGCCAGUGGGGAGGAAGCCGAAGUGUCUUCUGUUCAAGAUUGAUGAGGCCCUUGGCGUUUCCACAUUCUGAGUUCUCAGGUUGGGACUUGAAUUAUUGCUGCAGAGCAGUAACGGUUAAAAUAAGAUUUUGGAAUUUAUUAAAAGGGAAUGUUUUUUGUUCAUACACAUUUUAGAUUAGGAUUUAACAUGUAAAAAAGAUGUUACAGGAUAAUACAUUGUAUUUUCUGCAUUGUGUGAAAUAAUUUUUAAGGAAAAUCAAAUGACAAUUCAAGAGAAGUUCUAUAACAGCUGUUUCCUGCUUAAAGUAAAAAUUCCGAGUUUAAUUUAGAAAAUGUAAUCUUUUAAAUUUCAGACAUAGCACAGUAUUUUCAUAAUUCCAUGUUUUGAUAAAAUACUGAUCACUCCUUUAUAUCCAUAAAGGCAGAUAGCUAAGAUGAGACUAGAAUAAUUUGCACUAAUUAUUGUAAAUACUUGUACUCUUCAAAUGAGUAAAAGUUCUAAUUCCGUGAAAGAUAGAAAUGGAAUGUGUGGGGUAGGAGAACUGACCAAGGAAGGGUUUUAGUCUGGUGCCAAGGGUAAAGUGACAUUUCUCGACUGCCUACUUAUAUGUCAGAACUUGAUUUUUUUUCUUUAUUCAGAUUACAGACAAGUUAAAUAUAUUGAAUAAAAUAUUUUAUAUAGUCAUACAUUUAACAUUUUCAAGAGAUUUAGCCUAGCCAUUUAGCCACUGAGACUGAUCUUACAAGGGAGAAGCAUUUUAUUCAAUACAGUUUUUUUCUUAUUAGUUCUCAAUUAGGAGUGGCAUCUGUUUUGGUUCCCACAACAUAGUAUACCCACUGUUUUCUGUAGGAAUGGGAUAGAUAACUGUAUCUAGCAUGAUGAUAUUUUUCUCCAUGUGCCAAAUGAGUAAUAGUUAUUUCAUAAUCAUUAUUCUAAAGCCUUAUUUACCAAACAUACAGUGAAAGAAAUGUAUGGAAUACUUUUUGAAAAAAGUUCUUGUGCUUACUAAGGAGAAUGCUUUCACAAUUGUCAUUCCUUUUGUAGAAGUUGCUAAUUCUUCUGUGGCAGCACCUGACUAGUCAUAGCAGGAUCUGCUUUUAAGACCCUUUUAAAGAAUUAACUUUCUGUUUAAGUCGUCACCUCACUUCAGAUGGAAUUUGCCAUCGUACAAGGAAGGUGGUGGGCACUGAGAGGCAGUUCUUUUCCUGCUAGGCAGGUCCUCUGCAUGGCAGCCAAGUGCUGCCCUUUGUCAGCACCUGCAUCAGAGGUGGUCAGAGGUAGGCUAGAGUUAAGGAUGAGGGAGACUGGUAGUUCCUUGUAAAUCAUGUUUUGAUAGGAAUUUCCACAGUAACACACCAUUUUCAUAGGUCAGCAAAACGCACUCCAUUGCCAAAUAGUAGUCAUGUUGGGUUUAAGCAUUUUAGAUGAUUCAGCUUCUGUUCCUUUACUAUGUAGAACUUUAUUUAAGCCUCAACUUUAAUAAACUCUCCUUUUGUUUGAAGGCUGCCCAUCGGCUUCUGCAUAAUGUUAAAGCUGAUCUUUGUUACCCUCUGAAAUCCCUUCUAGCACUUAGAUGCUUUGGUGGUAACUGAAUUAGAUUAUGGGAUUUUUUCUAAAAACCAUCAAGUGUAAGUUUGAAUCUGAGGAAGUAACAAACUGAUUCUUUAAAAGGGAAGAAAUUAAUUCUGCUAUGUACUCUGCUACCUAGAUGAACACUAUUUUUGUAACUAUGGUAAUGAAGUCAGUAGAUAGGAAUCCAUUUGCCCUUGAAAAAUCUGCUAACAAGAGACUGAACAGAAUCCCCAAAGCUACUUUAGUUUUUGCCACGUCGACAAUGAUUACUUUGUGUUUAAUUUCAAAAGAAUUCUCAGGCUCUACCAUCUAGGGGUGGUAAGUUUAUGCUGCCUUAAUUCUUGAGAAAGGACAGUAGGGAAUGCAUAAUAACUUUCUAUGUACUAUAUAUAAUCUGUGUAGUAAAGGCACCUGGGUUAAUUUUGAAUUAGAUACAGGAACUACAAGUACAUAAGGCUGGAAUCUUACUAUCAGUGCUGACAGGCCCUAAGACCCCAUGUAUUGUAAAACCUCCUGCCCCCUGAAUAAAAUGAAAUUAAGAACUUUGGUUUUGACAACCACCUCCUAGCAUUCAAACUAUAUUUUAAAUAUUCAAACACCAACUGUAGCAAGCAAGCCUCUCAUUUUAUUUUUAGUAAGUUUGGCCUACUUGAGAUUUUGUUCUGCAUUAACACAUAAGGAUUUGAAACUGGAACUAUAUACUUUUUAACUAAUCUUUGUGGCUGAACUCAUGUAAUUUACUUCAGUUCAUAGAACUUGGGAUUAAGUUAUAACAUGUGAAACGGCUUUGUGUAUUUGGUGAUUUUGUAAUGUAAGUGAAUUGGUUAAUUCUUAGUUCACUGAUACUUUAAUCAUGCAUAUACAAUUAAAAAUCAUGCUCUGUUUCCCUUUAGAAUUGGAUUUGAAGAACUUUAUGUAAUGGUGGUACACGUGUGGGGUGAAGAACUUCUUUUUUCUAUUUGUCAAAAUAGGUAUUCCCUGACAAAGCUUCAGGAAAUAACAUUGUUAGGAGAUUUUUAAUGUAUAAUAAAGUCUGUGAUUUGUGUGUGUGUGUGUAUAUAUAUAUAUAUAUAUAUAUAUAUAUAUAUAUAUAUAUAGUCUUUUUUGGUAUGAAAUAUUUGCUAUGUACCGAGUUUUAUUUCUCCAAAUAAUUUCAAAUGAUGCUUAUACAGCAGCUGGACUUUUUCUUAAUCUGUUAUGACACUGUAAUUACACAUCUAGCCCCACUGCAAUCCAUAACAGCUUAAGUGAAAAACAAAAAACCCCUCACUUAGUAAUUCAUCCCUAGUGACUUUUUUCUUUUAGAAAAAUAGACUUUUCAAUAAUUACCCUAUACCUGUUACUGACAAUGUAUAUUUGUUACAUUUGGUCCUUUUUAAAGAAAUUGCUGUGACUUAAAGGGGCAGGUUCUUGUGCAGACCAGCUUACAUGGCUUGGGCCUGUAGUUUUGCUACUAAUGCAUAUGCAUCCCCUGUGUGCUGUAUAGUUUCCUAUAGCAUUUACUUACCAAGUUACUGGUCAUUUCUGUUGUAAUUUUGUUUUGAAUUUUAUAAAAACUUUGUGAAGGUUCAGGGAGUGGCUGAAACUGACUUUAAAAUGAUGUAAUUUAUCUAAGUGCAUGUAUAUCUUAAAUAUAUUUGUAUAUUGACAUACAUAUAAUCCACCACUCACUUAUAAACAGAUAUCACAAUUUGAUUUAAAAUAAAAACUUUUCACGGCCA